GGCAUCGUGUACAAAGAUAAGUAAAAAUGUGAGUAAAAAUUAACAAAGUCCGUAUCAAUAUCAGUUGUGAGGUUGGAUCUACGUUAAAGAUGUUUCUGUUGUUAGUAAUUUUAACUAUAUUUUUUAUAUGGAUGCAUCGGCUGUAUUCCUAUUGGAGGAGAAAUGGUGUACCAGGACCACAACCUUUACCAAUCGUCGGAAAUUUUUUGAGAAGUUUGACCGGAGAGUUGAAUGCUGGAGCUGUCGUAACUAAAAUUUACAGAGAGUACGAAGGCCAUUCUUUCGUUGGAAUAUACAAAAAUACUACUCCAGUAUUAAUACUGCGGGAACCAGAUUUUAUAAAAAGUAUAUUAACAACAAAUUUCAAAAAGUUCCAUGAUAAUGAUUUCGAAGUUGACAAAGAAAUAGAUCCUAUUCUUGGCAGAAAUCCAUUUGUAAUGAAAGGAGCAGAAUGGAGAGCAAAGAGAGCACAGCUAUCAUUUUGUUUUACUUCAGGAAAGAUAAAAGGAAUGUACAAAUUUUUAGACCAAAACAGUAAGAAUAUGAUAAAAUACAUCACAGAAGAAGUCAAAUCCAAAGAACCUUUAGAAGCCCGAGAAAUUUGUAUUAGAUUUACACUCGACAACGUUGCAGCUUGUGCUUUCGGAUUGGAAGGAAAAUGCUUUGAGGAAAAUUAUUCAGAUUUUAGAGAUUUGGCUAAUAAGUUCCUAUCACCGGAUUCACUGAGUAGUCUGCAGUGGCUUUUGUUUACAGUAUGGCCCAAAGGUUUUAAGUAUCUUAAGUUUAAAUUAGUACCUAAGGGUGUGGAGGAUAGACUGCUAGAAAUAGUGAGGGAUUCCAUAAAAUAUAGGGAGGAAAAUAAUUUAGUUUUUAAUGACUUUCUUGAUGUCGUCAGGAAUUUACCAACAGAUACCGGGUUAUUUACUGAACUUGAUAUUGCUGCUCAUGCUGCCAGUUUCUUUGGUGAUGGAUAUGAAACAAGCUCAAGAGUAAUGAGUUUCCUACUAUUUGAACUGGCAUCCAAUGAACAUGCACAAGAAAAGUUACGGACCGAAAUUAACGAAGCCUUGGAAAACAACAAUAAUGAAUUAUCGUAUGAUCUCAUUCAUGGUUUACAAUAUUUGGACGCAUGUUUGAACGAAAGCAUGAGAAAAAAUUCGGUUACCUAUUUUCAAGGUAAACUAUGCACGGAAGAAUUCACGUAUACUCCAGCAAACCCAGACUAUAAACAAAUUAGCGUUACUCUAAAACCAGGAGAUGCUAUUAUUUUGCCAUUCGAAGGAUUACAGAGUGAUUCCAGACAUUUUUAUAAUCCUGAUCAGUAUAUACCAGAAAGGUUUUUGGACAAUGAAUACAAUAAAUUUGCCUUUUUUCCUUUUGGUAUGGGACCACGUGCUUGUCUAGGUCAACGUUUUGCCCAGACUCAGAUAAAAGUUGGGAUUGCAUACAUUGUUAAUAACUUCAAAAUGAGAAUAAACUCAAAAACGAAGCUGCCUUUCAAAUUGGAUACUUAUUACUUAUUUCGUCAUGUCGUUGAUGGAAUGUGGAUUGAUUUUGAAGAAAUUAACAAGGAAAUAAUAUAAUGUGAAUUGUUAAUAUACAUAUAGGUUAUUUUUUUAGUAUAAUCUGAAAAUAUAAGAUUUUGAUAAUAUAUAACAAUUUUAA